CGCGCCCACCUUCUCUUCAGCCGGUGGAACGACGCCAAGCCCAGGGGCGCUACAGGACACGGCGCACGGCGCCAGCGCCGUGACCUCGGCUUCCCUCGCGCGUCAGGCCCUGGGCGCUCGCCAGCUCUGGGCCCCACGCUGCUCUCAGCCGGGAUUCGUGCAGCUGCUGCCGCUGAGCCUAUUCUCCACGCUGGCCAGGAGCCGCGGACUGGGCGGAGCCGGCGGCGCCGGCAUUAAGCGUCACCACCCGGGCGGGGCGAACCGGCUGCUGACGCCAUCACCCAGGCACCUGCCAACAUGGAAGGUGGUGACGGCGGCGUCGCUGUGGCUGGCCAAGGGGCUCUGGGCUCUGGGGCGGUGACAGCGACAGUCCGGGAGCUUCUGCAGGACGAGUGUUACAGGGAUUUUUUAAAUGAAGACUUUGAUGUAAAGACUUAUACUUCCCAGUCUAUUCAUCAAGCCGUAAUUGCCGAACAACUAGCAAAACUUGCCCAAGGAAUCAGUCAGUUGGAUAAAGAACUACACCUACAGGUUGUUGCAAGGCAUGAAGAUUUAUUAGCACAAGCAACUGGUAUUGAGUCUUUGGAAGGUGUCCUUCAGAUGAUGCAGACAAGAAUUGGGGCUUUACAGGGAGCUGUCGAUAGGAUGAAAGCAAAAAUUGUGGAACCAUACAAUAAAAUAGUAGCCCGGACUGCACAACUCGCAAGACUUCAGGUUGCCUGUGAUUUGCUUCGGAGAAUAAUUCGCAUCUUGUAUCUCACUAAGAGACUCCAAGGACAACUGCAAGGGGGAAGUAGAGAGAUAACAAAAGCUGCUCAGAGUCUUAAUGAACUUGAUUAUCUUUCUCAAGGAAUAGAUCUUUCUGGAAUAGAAGUAAUAGAAAAUGAUUUACUUUUUAUUGCAAGAGCUCGACUUGAAGUGGAAAAUCAAGCUAAGCGCCUCCUGGAACAGGGUGUAGAGACACAGAAUCCAACCCAAGUCGGAACAGCUCUUCAGGUUUUCCAUAAUCUUGGAAUUUUGAAGGAUACUAUUACCAGUGUUGUGGAUGGAUAUUGCGCUACUUUAGAAGAACAUAUCAACAGUACGUUAGACAUCAAAGUUCUGACUCAGCCUUCGCAGUCAGCUGUGAGAGGGGGACCUGGACGAUCUACUAUGCCAACCCCUGGAAACACUGCAGCUUUUCGUGCCUCCCUCUGGACCAAUAUGGAGAAACUUGUGGAUCAUAUUUGUACUGUUUGUGGACAGGUACAACAUCUACAAAAGAUAUUAGCCAAGAAGAGAGAUCCUGUUUCUCAUAUUUGUUUCAUUGAAGAGAUAGUUAAGGAUGGACAAGCUGAAAUUUUGUACACUUUUUGGAAUUCUGUUACUCAGGCACUUUCUUCUCAAUUCCGAAUAGCAACAGAUUCUUCUAUGUUUUUGAAACAGGCAUUCGAAGGAGAAUACCCUAAAUUAUUACGUCUUUAUAAUGACUUAUGGAAGCGUCUUCAACAAUACAGCCAAAAUAUGCAAGGAAACUUUAAUGCAAGUGGAACUACAGACCUCUGUGUUGACCUACAACAUAUGGAAGAUGACACACAAGACAUCUUCAUACCAAAAAAGCCGGAUUAUGACCCAGAAAAAGCUUUGAAAGACUCACUGCAACCCUAUGAAGCUGCUUAUUUAUCAAAAUCUCUAUCUCGACUCUUUGAUCCUAUCAACUUGGUUUUUCCCCCUGGUGGUCGCAAUCCUCCUUCCGUGGAUGAACUUGAAGGUAUCAUUAAAACUAUAGCAAGUGAACUAAAUGUAGCCGCUGUAGAUGCAGACCUCACAUUAGCUGUGUCCAAAAACGUGGCAAAGACGGUCCAGUUGUAUGGUGUAAAAUCAGAGCAGCUUCUCUCCACACAAGGAGAUGCAAGCCAGGUGAUUGGGCCUCUUACAGAAGGGCAGAGAAGAAACGUGGCAGUAGUGAAUUCACUGUAUAAGUUGCACCAAUCAGUAACAAAGGUGGUUUCCAGUCAGAGCUCCUUCCCACCAGCAGCUGAGCAAACUAUAAUGUCAGCCCUAAAGACAGUCCAUGCUCUUAUGGGAAGCGCUCUGCAGCCCUUGCUGACUUCAGUGGGAGACGCUAUAGAGGCCAUAAUCAUCACCAUGCAUCAGGAAGAUUUUUCUGGGUCACUACCCUGCUCAGGAAAGCCUGAUGUUCCUUGUUCUCUGUACAUGAAGGAGCUUCAGGGUUUCAUUGCCAGAGUUAUGAGUGACUACUUUAAACACUUUGAAUGCUUGGAUUUUGUCUUUGACAACACAGAAGCUAUCGCCCAAAGAGCAAUUGAACUUUUUAUUCGCAAUGCCAGUCUCAUACGACCUCUUGGUGAAGGUGGGAAAGUACGACUUGCUGCUGAUUUUGCUCAGAUGGAGUUGGCUGUGGGUCCGUUCUGCAGAAGAGUGUCUGAUUUAGGAAAGUCCUAUCGAAUGCUGAGGUCAUUCAGACCGCUGCUCUUCCAGACAAGCGAGCAUGUGGCCAGCAGCCCCGCACUGGGGGACAUUAUUCCGUUCAGCAUCAUUAUUCAGUUUUUGUUUACCAGAGCACCCGCUGAGCUGAAGUCCCCUUUUCAGAGGGCAGAAUGGUCCCAUGCACGCUUCUCCCAGUGGCUGGAUGACCACCCGUCUGAAAAGGACCGGCUCCUCCUCAUCAGGGGAACUCUGGAAGCUUAUGUUCAAUCAGUAAGAAGUAGAGAAGGCAAAGAAUUUGCACCAGUUUAUCCCAUAAUGGUGCAGCUGCUUCAGAAAGCCAUGUCUGCUCUCCAGUGACCCGGCACUACUUCCCAAUCUCCCUCGCACAGCCCCAGCUCCAGGCUGCAGUUCGCCUGAGAAACGUGGGCUCUAGAACCAGCUGACGUCCACUUUCUGUAGUCCGCCUCUCUGUAUUCCCUGUUAUCUUCUGUUAUAUUACCUCUUCAGCCCAUCUCCUUUUAGCGUAAAAUGUCAAAAUUUUACUUUUGCUUUUAGAGGGAUCUGAUCAAGUUACAAAUACCCCGCUGCUCCCAAUUAACCUUUGCCCUCACCAGGUGUGUAGCCCACUGACUUCCAAAUCCGACUGCACAUCAGAGUCACUGCUGGAAAGCUUUCGAAAUCCUGAUGCCCCCUGUGCACCCCUGGUGACACCUCUGGGGGUGGGAACCAGGCAUUAGUUUUUAAAAACAUCCCCGGGUCUUUCCAAUAUGCAGUGAAGUCUGGGAACCGCUGGUAUCUCCCAAAGCUAAGACAUAGGGUCAUAUGUUGUUUAAGUCUCUCUUACAGUACCUUUAAUAAAGACAGAGCACGCCUAUCUUUA